CGAAUUAAAGUGAAAGCGGCUGUUCAGAGAUGCCUCAGUCAGGAAAUGUAACGCAAAAGAGGGAAGAAUGUCUGUCUGCAAGGCUCCAGGACUCCCCAGAUACAAGGCCGACCUUGUCCUUGUCUUCUACCUCAGAGCCUGAGUCCUCCACGAUGGUGUUGCCCCCGGCCCACUCCUCCAGGCUAAAGUAUGUGUCUCUGGGGGUCCUGGUGUUUCAGACCACCUCUCUGGUGCUCACCAUGCGGUACUCCCGCACCCUGAAGGAGGACGGCCCGCGCUACCUGGCCUCCUCCGCCGUGGUGUCAGCCGAGGUGCUCAAAAUUCUGGUCUGCACCCUCAUCGUCUUCAUGGAGAACAAUUUCAGCGUGCGGCUGCUGAAGGAGGAGAUUGUGAACAAGCCCGUGGAGACCCUGAAGCUGGCCAUUCCUGCGGGGAUCUACACACUGCAGAACAAUCUGCUCUAUGUCGCCUUAUCCAACCUGGACGCAGCCACGUAUCAGGUUACGUACCAGUUGAAGAUCCUCACCACAGCACUGUUUUCUGUCUCCAUGCUGGGGAAGAGGUUAGGAUUGUACCAGUGGCUCUCCCUACUGUUCCUCAUGGCUGGAGUCACUCUAGUGCAGUGGCCCACAGAGUCUGAAGUGGACUCUGAGCAGGUGGUCCUGUCUGCAGGCUCACAGUUUGUGGGGCUGAUGGCUGUGCUCACGGCCUGUUUGUCCAGUGGCUUUGCUGGAGUUUACUUUGAGAAAAUCCUCAAGGAGACUAAGCAGAGUGUGUGGGUCCGAAACAUACAGCUGGGGUUGUUUGGCUUUGUGUUCGGUAUUGUAGGAAUGACAGUUUAUGACGGCGAGAGGGUUAGAGAAUCGGGAAUGUUUCAGGGUUACAACACCGUCACCUGCACAGUUGUUGCCUUGCAGGCUCUGGGUGGGUUGGUCGUAGCGGUGGUCAUUAAAUAUGCAGACAACAUCCUCAAAGGAUUCGCCACCUCUCUGUCCAUCAUUGUGUCCACACUCAUUUCAUACUUCCUGUUGGAGGACUUCAACCCUACAAGUUUAUUUUUCAUGGGGGCAAUGCUGGUUAUUGCCGCCACAUUUCUCUACAGCAACGAGCGCAAACCUGCUAAUAGCAGCGCCAUAAAAGUCUAAACUGAGACCUCUGUGAAGUGUGUUACAAGAGAGGAGUGACGUCUGCCACCUGACAUAGACCCUUCAGGAAUCUAUGAACUGUGACAUUAAGUAUGGCGUGCAGCAAUUAAUCAAGCCGGAAAUGUGGAAGUGAUAAAACCUGGCACUGCCAAACAUCUACAAAUGGAGGCUGCUGGGGCUGUAUGUUCUCCAUCAGUUUCCUGACUGAAUGCUGCUUUGUACAAAAUAAUAUAAUGUGAAAUACCUUUUUCUUAUUUAAUACUAACAGAAAGUAAGACUAAGGUGGAGAUAACUUUCCAUGUGAACGGACACUGGCAGUAAAACUCAUUGUCUGCACAACUACUGUUCAGGAGUAACUCGUUACAUGCAAUUAUUAAAUUAAAUAACAAAAUAAAUGCAAUUGUAAUCAGU